GAAAAAAGCCUCGUGCGUCGGAAUGGCAAAACGGCCGUGUGCGUAAAAGGCUUUUGGCACGACGAAGAGUUUGUAAACCAGUUCGUGUUGUUGCUACAGGUUUAUUCGGAGGAAACCCGGGUGUUUUUGUGCUCUGCUGGACCCGGUUAACCCUCGUACUAUCGGACUGAUGGAAAGUGAGAAGAGAGAAGAGGUGGAAUCAGCUCGCUCUGGCUCCAGCCCCGCGCACCGCUGGGACGGCACGCAUUAACGCAACUUCUGCUCGGCUAAAAUGUAGUUUACCCCCGCUCCGUAGACCAUGUAGUAAGCGUUCAGGCGUUCAUGUAGAGUAUCCCUGAGUCAGAUAUGUCUAAUGAGGCGCAGAGUAAAAGCGCGGAAUGGCUGCGGCUCGAGUUGGAGUCCGGGGGCGCUUCUUUGCUCCUUUUGGACUGCAGAUCACACGAGCUGUACGAAUCAUCCCACAUCGACACCGCCAUCAACCUGGCCAUCCCGGGACUUAUGCUCCGGAGGUUCAAAAAGGGCAAUAUCCCCAUCCGGACUAUCAUAUCCAACAACGAGGACAAGGAGAAGUUUCUGAAGCGAUGCAAAACGGACACGAUAGUGGUGUACGACGAGUGCACGGUGGACUGGCAGGAGAGCGGAGCGCAGAGUGUGCUGGGACUACUGCUGCACAAACUCUGGGAAGAAGGCUGUAAGGCGUACUACCUGCAAGGUGGAUUUCUAAAGUUCCACACGGAGUACCCAGAUCACUGUGAGACGCUCCUGGACAGCCCGUGUCCCACCUCCUCUCCUCCUCUGUCCGUCCUGGGCUUCGGAAACCUCCGGAUCAGCUCGGACUGCUCGGACGGGGAGUCUGACAAAGAGCCGAGCAGCGCCACGGAGUCGGAGGAGAGCCCCAUACCCAACAACCAGCCGGCGUUUCCCGUCAAGAUCCUCCCGUACCUGUACCUGGGCUGCGCCAAAGACUCCACCAACCUGGACGUCCUGGGCCAGUACAACAUUAAGUACAUCCUCAACGUCACGCCCAACCUCCCCAACAUGUUUGAGCACGAGGGGCACUUCAGGUACAAACAGAUCCCCAUCUCAGACCACUGGAGUGAAAACCUGUCCCAGUUCUUCCCUGAAGCGAUAUCAUUUAUAGACGAGGCUCGGUCCAAGCGCUGCGGCAUCCUGGUGCAUUGUUUGGCGGGAAUCAGCCGCUCCGUCACGGUCACUGUCGCUUAUCUGAUGCAAAGACUCAACCUCUCGCUCAACGACGCGUACGACUUCGUCAAGAGGAAAAAGUCGAAUAUUUCUCCAAACUUUAACUUCAUGGGCCAACUGCUGGACUUCGAGAGGACGCUGGGGCUGCACAGUCCCUGCGACAACCGGUCCACGGGCAAAGAGCAGCUUUUCUUCACCACCCCGACCAAUCACAACGUCUUCCAGUUGGACACUCUGGAGUCCUCAUGAGGAACGGUUACGCAGCGACGUGUUUUGAGUUCGGAACAGGCCUGUCACGAUAACAUGUUCUGAAAGACGAAAUAUAAAAGGCUAAAGUCGAUGUAGAUGCUAAACGAUAAUAUUGAAACCAAACCAAAGUGGUCCCUCGCUAUAUCACGGUUUAGCUUUCGCGUUCUCGCUGUUUCGUGGAUAUUUUUAGUCCAAUUUCACGUGUUUUUUUACACCGUAUGAGCGUCCCGAUUGGCUAAGCUUACAUAAACGUUGGAUCUCAGUGUGACUCUGAAGUGCUGUACGUUUGCGAUUUGUUUUCUCCCCAACAAAACCCACAAUGUCGAUGAAACGUUCUGCACCGACAAAGGCGACUACGAAGGUUUGAACUUUGAGAGAGUUUAAACGAGAGAGAAAUGUGAGAAAAUGUUAACGCCUGUGUGAGAAAAGUGUAUAAAGUGUGUGGUGAGGGGUUUUACAGACAAAAAACAUAGAGAAUAAUCGUAAAAAAUAGAGCGGAUACUUCGCGGAUUUCGCUUUUUGCGGGUUAUUUUUAGAACGUGACCCCCGCGAUAAACGAGGGACCACUGUAUUCACAAAAAGCAGUAUUGCGCAGAUACGUUCCAAAGCAUUUUGUCCAGGUAUGGUUAAAGAAAAAAAUUAAAAAUAAUUGGUUAAAGUUGUAGGAGUGAAGACGUUUGGCUGCUCAAACGUCUUCACUACUACAACUUUUUGUCCAGUUGACAGAUUUAAAUUAGUCUUUUACCUAGAAAAACAUGCAUUCUUAUUGUAAGCGGGGUCAAUUCUCCACAAAUCUGACCUGUAACAUGACCUGAUGGCUUGUUUCCAUGGAGAUCGAUUCAUUUAACGCCCUACUUUUAAACCUUCCAUGUGUAGACGAUGCAGUUUUUACAAGAAAAGUCACAUAGUUCAACUUAAACUAAUUAUUUUGUGUGACUUUAGUUCAAAAUCCAAACUUCUAAGGCUCAAACGUUGUAGAAAUUGUAGCAAAAAUGAACCAAAAAUGUCCCAAUACCACCAAGAAAAAAAGAUUGACUCCCAAAAAUGAUUGUUCCGUUUGUAAUUUAUAAAACGGUAAGUUGAUAUAGUGAUUAUCGUGACAGGUCUGGUUUGUCAGAUCAAGCUGAAACACGGUCUGCCCAUGGCUAUCCACCAAAAGGAAGAACAUUGAAUGAAGCUGUGUGCAGUUAAAACGCCUCACUUAACGCCUUAACACAGACAUUCUCAAUAUUCAUACGUAAUGGACUUUUUCUGUAACUUUUCUAUAAUAUCUUGGUUGUUUUCUGACAACGAUUGUUAUAUGCUUUUGACCGGCUGUCGAGUAUAUAGACCAUAGACUGUAUAUAAAAAUGGACGUAGCUAAACCGCUAGCCGCCGCCGCGUUCCAAACGGGAAGUGAUCAUGAGCGCGUUUCCGGCUCCGACGACUCCAUCGGCUCAAAUCAGACUCGUCAUUUUGGUCUUAAAUGUUCGUAUUAACCCUCUACAUGAUCCUGGGGUUUUUAUUUUGCUAUUUUGUCUGUAAAUCAAGAUAAAAACAUUAAUAACAGACAAAUUUGGCACGCUCUGUCCUCGAGGUCACUCUCGCUAGCGUUAGCAACAGGCUUGAUUGACAGCGUUGCUAAGCGUCCGCUCUUUGCUAAACUAGCGAUGCGAGCGGGAAAGGGGCGUUACCUUCAACAGCCUCGCUCUGGAUUGGCUCUUUGGUUGCUAUGGGGCUGCACAUGGAAAGCAGCAGUGGCUAAAUCUGGCACAAAUCAUCUCUUUUGUACGAUUAGCGAAUUUGUACACGGACCCUGACAAAUAAAGAAAGAAAGGAUGAUACUCGCGGUCGGAAUUCCUAAUAUGGAUCUUGGUUUCAAACAGGAAGUGAUCAUGCGCGCGCUUCCGGCUCCAUCGACUCUGGCUCCAAUUCACUUUACAUUUACAAAACCGUUUCCAUUCUGUUGUCCCUGCUGCUGUCAGACUCGUCAUUUUGGUCUUAAAUGUUCGUAUUAACCCUCUACAUGAUCCUGGUGUUUUUAUUUCACUUUUGUGUCUGUAAAUCAAGAUAUAAACAUCAAUAACAAACAAAUCAGGCGCCGUCUUUCCUCAAAGUUAGUCCCGCUAGCUAGCAACAGGCUUGAUCGACAGCGUUUCUAAACACCCGCUCCCUGCUAAACCAGACAUUAAGAGGCGUUAACUUCAACAACCUCACUCCGGAUUGGCUCUUUGGUUGCUAUGAUACUCACGGUUAGAAUUCUAAAUGUGCAACUGGGCUCUAAAUUCGCCGCUAUAACCGCUAGCCUCGAUGAGCUUCGAUUUGGAGCCGAAACGCUCAGUCCAUUUCUUUAUACAGUCUCUGAUGUAGACUAUGAUUUGGUAUUUUCAAUAUUAAUAUGCCUUGAUUGUCCAAUGGGAGGCUCAGGCCAGUCCGAUUGUUAAACGGGACCAAUCGUGGAUAUUAUGAUGGUACUGAAGGACGUGAUCUCACAUUAUAGUCAGGCCUUGUAAUGUAAUCCAGGACAGUAUCGGUCCAUGUUUGUUUUUAUUACUCUGGAGGUUGCUGUCGAAGCAUUCCCAAAAAUUGACACUGUUGCCAUUAUUAGUGCUUCAUAUCCACUUCUUGGACCACACUGUUGCAACUACGGCCUUGAGUUGAACAUAACAAGCUCUGAAAUAAUGCAUCAUCCAGGGUGGAGCGCGGAAUAGGAUGGGCUGUUAGCGUGAAUGGCAACAACAAAGACGUAAUGCUCGUUAUAGAGAAAGCGGAUGUUCACGUAUGUUUAACAAAAAAACCUCUGCAGCUAAAACUUUCUUCGGCACAAACGCAUUAAGGGAAACGUCCUCUGCUUGGAUCAAAACAAACAGAUGAGAGAAGGAAAGCUAAUUUGGCUAAUCUGUUCAUACCUCACGACAUCUUCAGGGAUUUUAUACAAACUCCUCGUCACAGCCUCUUCACUUACACUCAAGAGCUGUUUCCUGUUUGUAAAGAUGUAAAUAAAACAUGGUUGCUAUGGGGAAUGUUUUGUGAAAAUUGCCCUGUUUGACCAACUCUGUAAAAUAUAUAAAACUAAAUGUCCAAGACAUUCUGUACAAGUUUAUACAACAAAUAUAAUGUAUAUUUUUACUUGA